CCCCCCCCGCUCUGUUUCUCUCCCUCCCCGGGGAGGCUCUGUGGAUUCAGGCAAAUUUGACGGCUGGCGCUGCAGGUUGGCUAGGGAGUAGCCCCAUGGAUUUAACAGAGGCGGCGCUGUGUCGGGAUAGCUGGGCGGUGGGCAUGUGCAGAAUGAUAGAAGUGUAGCCUCGGAAGGGACCCCGAGGGUCAUCUAGUCCAACCCCCUGCAAUGCAGGAAUGUUUUGCCCACUCAUCCUCUAAAGACUGAGUUAUCCAAAGUGAAGCAGAACAUCAGGAUCCACCAGCCAGAACAAGCUGGGUUUCUGGGGGCCAUUACGGUCAAUUACACAUACGUUCCCGCCGCCCUGUGACUUUUGUCUAUGGAAUAAUGACGCAACCCGACCUGCGCCUUCCCCCUCUAUAAAUCCUGGGUCCCCUACUUUGUGGGGAAUCAGACAUCCAGCGGCUCCUGACAGGUUUCAAGAUGAUGUGGAGCUCUCAGUCUGUGCUCUGUGCUUCUUUGCUCCUCUGUGGGCUACUUGGCGAAUGCUGUGGAACCGUUCUGGUGCCCAAGGACAAACGCGGCUGGACCCUGAACAGCGCUGGAUACCUCUUGGGACAUCCACUUCUCCCCUUGCACUCUCCUCUCCCCAAAGCAGAUGCUCACCAGACACUGUCCAACAAAGGGAGCCUGACUCAUAAGCGAGAUGCUAUGGAGGACUUGUAUUCCGUAGGGCAGGAUUCCUUGGCACAUGCUCUGCGCUCCUUAGAUGACGGCGCCUUCCAAACCCUGAUGGAUUUUCUAACAUACCUGAACCCCCAAGAUCAAAGAGCUGUUUCACGCCUGCCCCUCUUGCUGUCGGAGGAAGAGUCCUUGCGGCAGUAGUGGUCUGGCCUCCAGCCUGCGCCCUUCCGAUUUGCUUGCUGCUGCCGCUACCCCUCAGACCCCUCCCCAUCGCCCACACAUACAGGAUUCUGCUAUAUUCCUGACACAAAGCCACCUUAAUACAAUCUGGUGCCCCAAACAGCUGUGCCCGGUGCACAGCCAUUUCAGAGCUGAGCCCCCCCCCCUUUUGAGAGAAUUCCCCUCCCUUUGACUAAGCCGCCUCAGAGAUAUAGGCUAUAAACAUGCCAUACAGUUAAAGCACAUGACUUCUCCCAAAGAAUCCUGGGAACUGUAGUUUACCCACCACACAGUCACCAUUCUCAGCAUCUGCUUCUUGGCAGUGGCGCCCUCCCUGUGGGACGCCCUUCCAUCAGAUGUCAAGGAGAUAAAGAACUACACAACUUUUAGGAGACAUCCGAAGGCAGCCCUGUAUUGGGAAGAUUUUAAUGUUUGACAUUUUAUUUUUUUUAUUUUUUGCUGGAAGCUGCCCAGAUGGGUGGGGAAUAACAACAGCAGCAACAGCAACAGCAGCAGCAACAACAACAACUGUUAUUAUAUUCAACAAACUACAGUUCCCAGGAUUCUUUGGGUGAGGGAAGUCACAUGCUUCCAAUGUGCUUUAAAUAUAUGGUGUGUGCAGAGCUGUACACUCAAAUUAGCUCAGCCUCCCCCAUCACCAUUACACCUUUACACUCUCCUUUCUAGAUACACACACACACACGUAUAUACACACACAAUCCCGUACGCAUCAUUUGUAAUGUGUGAGUUUGUAUAGGAAGAAACAUUGGAGUGUAGAUGAACACAUGUCCACAUGUGCAAGGAGCACUCCUUUGGCACCGGCCCAGUAUUGCACCAUUGCCUUGCUCGUGAAGCUUAGUAGGAAUAGCCAUAGCUCAGUGGUAGAAGACACGCUCUGCACGGAGAACACACAAAUUUAACCUUCAUCUCUCUGCCUAAUUCUUGUUGGGUAGCAAACAGUGGACGAGAAAACUAGAGAUGGGAAGAAAGAGAGAGCUCUGCUUGCUGUUGUGGUCAGUUGAAUUCUAUAUCUAUAUCUAUAUCUAUAUCUAUAUCUAUAUCUAUAUCUAUAUCUAUAU